CACCCCCCAAAACACAACGAGGCUUGUGCGCUCUGGUCUUGACCUCGUGUGGAUACUCCCGUCUCCUCCUCACCCCGUUUUCUUUUCUUCUAUUUGUUUCCUCCUGACGGGAUCCAAACAUGGCCUUCAGACACUCAGGUCACAAAAGCUACCUCACCUCCACCAUGACCGACCGCUUCGACUGCUACUACUGCCGGGACAACCUGCACGGCAAGAAGUACGUGAUGAAGGAGGAGAAGCACGUGUGCACCAAGUGCUUCAACAAGCUCUGCGCCAACACCUGCGCCGAGUGCAAGCGCCCCAUCGGCGCCGACGCCAAGGAGCUGCACCACAAGAAUCGCCACUGGCACGAGGACUGCUUCCGCUGCGCCAAGUGCUACAAGCCGCUGGCCAGCGAGCCGUUCAACGCGCGGGAUGACGGCAAGAUAAUGUGCGGCAAGUGUGGCUCCCGGGAGGACGGCAACCGGUGCCAGGGCUGCUACAAGGUGGUCCUGCCAGGAUCCCAAAACGUGGAGUACAAAAGCAAGGUGUGGCACGAGGAGUGCUUCACCUGCUUCGACUGCAAGCAGCCCAUCCGCUCGCAGAGCUUCCUGACCAAGGGCGAGGACAUCUACUGCGCUCCCUGCCACGACAAGAAGUUUGCCAAGAAGUGUUUCCACUGCAAGCAGCCCAUUUCCUCGGGAGGGAUCAGCUACCAGGACCAGCCGUGGCACUCCGAGUGCUUCGUGUGUCACACCUGCCGUAAAACUCUGGCCGGAGCUCGCUUCACUUCCCACGAGGACCACGUGUACUGCGUGGACUGCUUCAAGACCGACGUGGCCAAGAAGUGCAACGGGUGCAAAAACCCGAUAACAGGGUUCGGCCACGGCACCAACGUGGUGCACUACGAAGGCUUCUCCUGGCACGAGUACUGCUUCAACUGCAAGAAGUGCUCCCUGUCGCUGGCCAGCAAGCGCUUCGUCAUCAACGGAGAUCACAUCUUCUGCCCCGACUGCGCCAAGAAGGUGUGAAGCGCGGGAAGGAGCCGCGCAGGAGGCUUCUGCCUGAAGUGCGAUUGCAGCAAAACACAGAUGGUUUUAAAAAAACAAAACAUUUUAUUAGUGAGGAAAAUUUAGGCCUCAAAGUUAUAGAAAGUGUUUUUCUUGCUGAAUCUGGCUGAAAAAAAUAAAGAUUUUGGUGAUGCUUCAGUUUUUAAGGUUGAAUUUAGUUUAAUUCCAACUAAAUAUGCACUAAUCUGACUCAUUUAUCUACAUAUACGUUAUUGCAAGUUGUUUCGGUGUUGGAUACUAAUAUGGCAUUAUUUGUUUUGGGAGAUUUUGAUGUGUAACAUUAGUAUAUUCUAAUCCACAGCCGCAAUGGAGUCCAUAAGACAUUCGUAUGCUUAUCCUCAUGUAUGCAAAGCUUUCAUUAUUAAUCUGUGUUUGAAUUGAUGCUAACAUACUGUAAACACUGCUUGUGUAUUAAAGUAUGUAGGUAUUGUGGGUGAAUUUGAAUCUAAAAGAAGAAUAAAAGGUGGAAGCAG